AUGGCCGAGGUCUGUCAUGCUGCUUCUUCCCUGCUCUUCUCCUGUGUUGCCGCUUCUCUCAUUUUAAUGUCACACGCAGGAAAUCUUAGCUUUGCAUUCCCUCCCAGCAACGAUUUUAAAACUCAAAAUGAUGCUUAUUUUCAAGGAGACAAUCUCAUACUUCUGACCAAGAACCAAGCAACAGGGAGCCUGGCCAAUAGCUCAGGCUGGGCAGCUUACAAUAAAUCGAUUCCGCUUUGGGACAAUCUCAUACUCCUCUUGAGCUCUGAGUUUGACACUUACAACAACAGUGCUUUGGAUCCCGACGACAACCAUGUGGGUGUUGACGUCAAUAGUUUUUUUUCCAAGGUGAACGUUUCGCUGACCAGCGUAGGAAAGUCCGGUCUUUGUGAUAAAAAGCUCAAGAGUGGAAAGCAUUGGGAAGCGUGGGUGGAUUAUGACGGCGGGGCAAAGAGGCUGCAAGUGUGUCUCUUCUGUAACCAUAACGGCAUAAGUAUUUCUAAACGUCGUACCCCAAUUUUAAUUUAUGAUAUAGAUCUACGGGAUUUUCUUCCAGAGAACAUCAAGGUUGGCCUCUCGGCCUCAACAGGGUUGUCCUCAGAGACACACACUGUGUGCGCCUGGGAUUUCUCUUGUAAUUAUUCGUGGGAAUCAUCAGCUGUUCAAUUUCCAAUCAACCCUCCCAAUGAAAAUAACUCUUCUUUUGGAAAUGGCAAGAUAAACAAUAGCCAUUUCCGGGUUAAAUUGAUAGUUGUCUUCUGCAGCGCCCUGGCCAUCUGCGGUUUCAUAUUCAUUGGCUGGCGACAGUAUUUCAGAAAAAGCGAAUGCGGUGGUGAGGCAAGGCCCAGUAAAAAUCUCCUCUUCGGAGCUCAGUAUAGCGAUAGUGGAAAGCUUGGGCAAGGAGGCUUCGGUGGCGUUUACAGGGGCAUCCUGCCUGGCACAAAGGAAAUGGUAGCUGUGAAGAAAAUAUCUCAAUGGUCAAACCAAGGAAGAAAGGAGUACGUUUCUAAGGUUACUAUAAUCAGUAGGCUCAGACACCGUAAUCUUGUGAAGCUCUUAGGAUGGUGCCAUCGAAAGGGCGAGUUACUCCUGGUCUAUGAAUACCUGCCUAAUGGAAGUCUAGAUAAUUAUAUUUUUGGGGAGCAGAAGGGUGCUUUGGAUUGGGACAGGAGGUAUGAUAUUGCUUGUGACUUAGCCUCUGCUCUAGUUUAUCUCCACGAGGAAUGGGAACAACUUGUUGUGCACCGAGACAUAAAGGCAAGCAAGGUAAUGUUGGAUUCCAAUUUCAACGCCAAGUUGGGAGAUUUUGGUUUGGCAAGACUGGUCGAGCGUCAUCAUUCAGCUUGUCAUACAACUCUGGUGGCAGGCACACUUGGGUAUUUAGCGCCCGAGUGUGUAAUGACAGGGAAGGCCAGUCCAGAGACGGACGUGUUCAGCUUUGGGGCGGUGACUCUGGAAAUUGCCUGCGGAAGGCAGCCGGUUGACCGCUCUCUACAUGAACAGAAUUGCAGACUGGUAGAAUGGGUUUGGAAUUUAUAUGGACACGGAAAUAUUUUAUGUGCUGCGGAUGAGAAAUUGGGUGGAAAAUUUAACGAGAAGGAAAUGUAG